UGCUCCACCAAUAGCAAGCCCUCCUCCCUCCGCACUGUCUGCAGCACCCGGAAGAAGCUGUGUCCCGGUGACGCCGGUACUGGCAGUGAGCGAACCGGUGCCCUCAGUAUAGUACCCAUGCUCGGGUACCUGGCAGCCGCUUCCCUGUGCCUGGCCGCCGUGCUGCUCAUGCGCACCGACCCAUGGUCCUUCUCCGGUGUGCCCGGGCUGAGCUAUCUGUUGUCAGAGCAGUGCGGGGGGAGCGCGGGGAGGCUGCUGAGCAAGGAGGAGCUGUCCGAUUACAAUGGGGCGCCCGGCAGCCCGGGUGUAUACCUGGCUGUGCUGGGGCAGGUGUUUGAUGUGCAGAAGGGAAGCAAGCACUACGGCCCUGGGGGCUCCUACAGCUUCUUUGCAGCAAGAGAUGCCUCUCGUGCCUACGUGACUGGUGACUUCAGCGAAGGAGGGCUCGUGGAUAAUGUGUCGGAACUGUCACCCAUGCAGAUGCUGCACCUCAAAAAUUGGCUCAACUUUUAUCAGAAGAAUUAUGCUGUGAUUGGUAAACUUAUAGGGCACUUUUAUGAUGAAGAAGGAAAUCCCACAAAGGCUCUAGAAGAUGCGUUAGCAGUCAUUGAUAUUGGAGUAAAGUUACAAGAACAGAGACAGGAUGAGAACAAGCAAUUCCCACCCUGUAACUCAGAAUUUAGUGCUGGUAGCAGCAGAGUGUGGUGUUCCAAGAGCAGUGGUGGCAUACAAAGGGAUUGGAUUGGCGUUCCAAGAAAAAUGUAUCUGGCUGGCUAUGAUGGAUAUCGCUGUGUGUGCGUCAAAACAUCUGGUCCCCCGUCAGAUCAACCAGACUCUACAGAACAUAAUGAUAGAGGGGAUCUUGAUAACCCCUCACUGCAUGAAUAUGAAGGCUGCAACCCACUGUUUGAUUGGUGCUUACUUAAAGACUAAAGUGUUAUAUUUAUUUGUAAAUGUUUAAACAUCAAUGGAUGUACUAGAGCUCUGUAACAUCCGCAGCUUUACCUUUGAGAACAUGUUCAUGGAUUACUAA